AUGAAGCCAUCACCACCACCCUCACUCACCGAUAACGAACCAACCGCCGCUGCUCCUGCCAUUAAAUCUUGCGGAGGCGGUAAAGAAACCAGCUCGACGACGCGGCAUCCAGUGUACCACGGAGUCCGCAAACGCCGCUGGGGAAAAUGGGUUUCCGAAAUCAGAGAGCCCCGGAAAAAAUCUCGGAUUUGGCUCGGAUCUUUUCCGGUGCCGGAGAUGGCGGCUAAAGCUUACGACGUGGCGGCGCUUUGUUUGAAAGGAAGAAAAGCUCAGCUCAAUUUUCCCGAAGAAAUCGACGAUCUUCCUCGGCCAUCCACGUGUACAGCCAGAGACAUCCAAGUCGCGGCAGCCAAAGCGGCCAACGCGGUCAAGAUCGUUAAAGCGGGAGAUGACGUGACAGAUAUCGACGACGGAGAUGAUUUCUGGGAAGGCAUAGAGCUGCCGGAGCUGAUGAUGACCGGAGGUGGUUGGUCGCCGGAGCCUUUCGUGUCCGGAGAUGAUGCCACGUGGCUGGUUGACGGAGACUCGUAUCAGUAUCAGUUCAUGGCGUGUCUGUGA